AUGAUCGCCAUGUCUCCGGGCGCUGACCUGAGGGAUCCCUCCCACAGCCAGACGGUGCUCUGCUGUCUGAACGAACAGCGCACCCGGGGGAUGCUCUGUGACGUCACCAUCGUGGUGGAGGACAGCAAGUUCAAGGCCCACAAAAAUGUGUUGGCGGCAGCCAGCCUGUACUUUAAGAACCUGUUCUCCAGCCAGGAGCUGUGGCUGGUGGGACAUGUCCUGGAGCUGCCGGACUUCAAGGCGGACGUCUUUGCCGACGUGCUUCAUUUCAUCUACAGCGACAAGGUGCCCAUGAGGGAGUCCGACAGAGCCAGCGAUCUCGUUGAGGCUGGCAGGCGGUUGGGGAUAACGUUUCUACAAACGCUUGUUCCACAGCAGGACUCGGAGGUUCCCGUCAGCUCCUCGCCCGAUUGCCCUCGGUCGCUGUCUCAGGUUUCUUCCCUCUCCGAGUCGGCGAGUGCCCAGAACUUCAAAGAGGAGACGCCAAACUCCGAGCACGGCAAACCCGCGGAGGAUUUCUAUUUCGCAAACGGGCCUCGAAUCACAAACGCCUUUUCCAUCUUCGACAUGCAAGCCGGGGCGGACUUGUUCUUCCCCAUCGACCUGAGUACGAAUGUCGGCAAAGACCAGGUGCGGUCUGAUCAGCUGCCCGUCACGUGUGUUGGCCAGAGCCCACAGCAGAUGCCUGCUCAGACAUUAGCUGAACACUCUUACGCUGUGUCCUCUUCCAGAAAGGAUCAGCCGGUCCCGGAGCUUUCUUGCCAAAUGGACAAACCUGCGGACGAUCACGGAAGCCCUUCGGAGAGCAGCACCGAUGUUGGUGCUUGUGUUCGUUCAGGAGAUGCGGAGAACAGUCAUGUGGAGAACCAGGUUUCCAACGGUUUCCAAACCCCAAACACUGUGAAUGCAGCGGGAUUUAAAGUUCUACGGUUUAACUUGAACGCACUGCAAAACAGCAGCGCACCAAUGGGCUUUGUGCCAAUGGCUGGGCCGUUGAAUGGACCCACUGAGAGCACUGAUGAGGUACCUAUGGGUGGGGGAAUGGAUGAGGAGACAGGCUCUGCUCCUGAGGGAGAGUUGAGCAAACCUGAGCCCACUGCUAGCUGGUCAGAGCCGGCGAUAAAGGUCAAGAGUCCGGCCACUUACACCUGCAAGUACUGUCCGAGGGCAUUCAGCAGCCGUAUAUCCCUGAAUGUUCACUCUCAGCUCCACACCACAAUCCUGGAUAAACCCUUCUCCUGCAGGCACUGUGGCAAGUCAUUCGUGCAUCUGAAGAGACUCCAAACUCAUGCCCAGCUGUGCGGGGGGCCUGGAGCCAGGGGUUCCAAUCGAGAGUCUCAGAAUGGACAAGCGGAGAGUUUUUCCGGAGAAAACACCACCGGUGCGGACAAAGACCCCGGCUCCAUUCCACACGCCCUGGAGCUGGGGACCCCUGGCAGGUUGUCAAUGGGUCGUGUGAGGUCCAUGAGGGGUAACAACGCCUCACCAGAACCCGACCACUUUGUGAAAGUAGUUGAGGGGCAGAUCCUGUACUACUGCAGUGUGUGUAAAAGAUCUUACUUGACUCUCUCCAGCCUGAAGAGACAUGCCAAUGUCCACUCGUGGCGGAGAACCUACCCUUGUCAUUACUGCAACAAAGUGUUUGCUCUGGCAGAAUACCGCACCAAGCAUGAGAUCUGGCACACGGGAGAGAGGCGAUACCAGUGCAUAUUUUGCCUGGAGGCCUUUAUGACCUAUUACGCUUUGAAGACGCACCAGAAGUCUUUUCACGGCAUCGACCCAGGUCUGUCCACCAACAAAAAGGCAGCGAGCGGUGGCUACAGAGCCAAGAUGUGCCCGUUUAAGCUCUACAGGCUUCUCCCCAUGAAGCUGAAGAAGAGACCGUACAAAACAUACACCACUCAAUCGUUUCCAGCCAACACCAUCCAAGUUACUUCAACCAAUGAUGACGCCAAUUCUUUUGGUGUUGGUCCCUCCAACGCUGACCCUGCCUCGGCCUCAGCGGACGCCCAAGACCCGCCAAGCCCCUUGGGAGGUGUCGAGGAGAUGACUUCAUUGCAACAGCCUUUGCCUUAUGCACUGACAUCCUUGGCAAGAACUCGACACGAGUCAAACCCAGGAGCUCCAGGGCAAAGCAGCCUAUCUCCUGAUCAGUGCCUAAACAACACUCUUUCCAUCAAUUGCUAUUUCAACAAGUCUUUGGUGUCCACAGAAAAUCAAGUCAAUGGUCCCAGUGGGAAAGACCACCCUGCUCAUGGGCAACAAGUCUUGCCCUGCUCAGAUGUUAAAAGUUUGGGACAAUCUGUUAUCAACUACGGGCACACAGCUCCCUCGGUUAUAAUGCACAGCAACCGAGUGUCGUCCGUGAUCAAGCACGGAAACGCGUUUUCGUCCGUUAUUACGUAUCAGAGCAGAGGGCAGUCUGACACUGCUGCUCAACACCCUCUUCCACAGUCCAGUGCGAGCCACGACUCUUCCGAUACAGUGCCAAGGAGGAGCCUUGCUAAAGAUGGGGCGAAAUGGCAAAACAAAGGCAGCUCCAAGAAGACAUUAGAAACAGCCAAAGGAUAUGGGGCGGCCUCAGGACCAGGGGCUGCGUCAAAGAGUCUUCCCAGUGCCUACUCCACGGGAAGCAGGACGGAAACCUACAUCGCGAAGCCGGCUUGUCCAGGGACAUCUACAGACCGCCAGGUGGCUCCUCUUUGUCAGAUCACAGUGAGAAUUGGAGGCGAGGCAAUCGUAAGGAGGCGAAUUGCAGGAUCCAAGCUGUUUGGUAAAAAUGGUCGAAAGACAAAAUGGCCAAAUGCGAUUGAAGAGCAGGCAAGGAUGGACAGUGUGAAAAUGAAAGAAGGUGAGGAUCAGGCUUUGGGUUCGCUUGAUCAGACAGACCCCAGCGGAGGGGCCCUGGAUCCUGCGUUAGGUACUGAGACGGGAGACGAGUUGAGCGAUCAGGAUUCAAAUGACAAACUCUGGCGGCCAUAUUACAACUACAAGCAAAGGAAGAGACCCAAAGGCUUUCGCAAGUUGAGGAAGUCCAGCUGGAAGAGGAAGUGUGGGGGCAAGGCUUCUCACCGCCUGGCGCUGGUGGGUGGCAGUGGGCUAGAACCACUUGUCAAUGACCGUCCAGAGAAACCCGCUGCAAACCAAGACGUCAACGCACCAUCUCAGGAGGUUUGUGACAAAACCAGCCCAACUGAUGAGGAAAUGGAAGACCAUCUGACGGGGCUCUAUUCGUGUGAUUUCUGCUCCAAGCCCUUUUCCAACUCUUCCGCCUUGAAGUUGCAUGUGAGGUGCCACACUGGAGAGCAGCCAUUCUGCUGUAGGACCUGCGGCCGAUGUUUCUCCAUCCAAAGCAACCUGCACAAGCACGAGCGCAUCCAUCUGGGCGUCAAGGAGUUUAUUUGCCUGUACUGCGAUAAAGCCUUCACGCUGAGCGAGUCCCUGAAGAAACACGAGAGGAUCCACACUGGAGAUAAGAGGUACCGUUGCCCCUUCUGCCCCCAGCGGUUCCUUUACCUGAACACCAAGAAGAAUCACGAGCGCAAACACCUGGACCAUAAGAGGCCCCAGAAGGAGGGGGAGAAGCGCCCUCCCUCUCAGGGUCUCAAAGUCGGCAAAACCGUGGCUGCCCUCGGCACCCGUCAAAAGAGGCGCCGAAUCAAGGUGGCCGUUGGGGCACACGACUCCCCCUCACAUCACCAAAGCAAUCUCCCCGACGGCGGAGGAGUCAGUGAGACGGAACCGGAGCGCGAUGAGCCAACGAGUGCAGGCGCCCCAGAGGCGGAGGCAAAGGUUGACGUGCCGACCACUCCCGGCAACGUUGACCAGAUGGCGCAGGAUUCACCGGGCACCGAGCCGAGCCACGACAACCAUCCGCCCGAAUCAGCAGCAACGGCAGCGAGACACAACUAUGCCAUUUACCCCUGGCCCAGUGCCCACUUUGUGUGCCCGGAUCUCGCUCCGAAGGCGCUGGCACAGAAUACCGAGCACGCUUGGCAGAUUUGCCAGCCUAACUUUGACAGCAACCUGGCUCUCUGCACAAAUAUCUCUUACAAUCCGUGCGACAAUAACCAUGGAAACCACGACAGACUGGUGUUCUAUCAAAGCCCUGAGACGUUUUACAAUCGGCAGGUGGGCGGCUUGGCCUAUAGAGCUCUCUGAGGGGCUCAGUCCCUAAGCGGGCAAUGCUCUCCUCUGCAGAUUGUGGGCUGGAGAGGGGGUUGAUUUGGAACAUUCUGAAUCAGUGGGACAGUAUAACCCUGUCAACGUCCCACUGAGUGUUCAUGUGUAUAAUAGUGGGGUGUCAUUGUUAAAAAAAAGUCCUAUAUAUAUUUUUGUCUUUACUUGAGGGAAAAACAAGAUCUCACUAUCUCUUUGAAGCCACAAUCUCUGGUAAUCCCUGCUCUCAAUUCUCAGUCUGUAGCUUUAAACUCACCGGUGUUGUGGAAAACCAAAAAGAAAACGCAACUCCCUUCUCUCUCUCUCUGUCUCUGAAUCCCUGAUCGCUAUGUUCACUGUGUGUUCGGAACCAAACUAAAGACAUUUGCCGAGGACCGAAGAGCUUCAAUAAGAGUGGUUAUAGGGUGAAGCAGCCAGAACGCUGCAUCACAUUGGAGUUGGUGUCCAAAAAAAACACACACUGAAGCAGCGUUGCAAAAAAAAUAAUUGGACAUGUGAACGUUUCAGCCUCCUGUGUAUGUGGAAAUAUGUUAGAGGUGAAACACAUGUACAGGGUUUCCACAAAGUCCUGUUAACCCCCAUGUCGUUUUUUUCUACAAUG